AUGAAGUUUAUACCAGACAGACUGGAAGUUCACGUGAUGGCGCAGGAUAAUACCAGUUUAUAUGGAGAGGACUUCUUUGAGGGGAAAUCACCCUGUUGUUCAGACACAGACGCGUUGAGUCAAGGAGACAAAGAAUAUGAUGACAUUUUGGAGCUUAAUCAGUUUGACGGGCUGCCUUAUUCCUCCAGAUUUUACAAACUCCUGAAAGAAAGGAAAGAGCUGCCAGUGUGGACAGCAAAGAGUGAAUUCAUGGACACUUUGGCCAAAGGACAGUUUGUUAUUGUCAGUGGCUCUGCCAAAACUGGAAGGAGUUCUCAAAUUCCUGAGUGGUGCGCUGAAUUCUGCCUGUCAGUCCAGUUCCAGCAUGGCACAGUGGUUUGUACCCAGAUUCAUGCGCAGCAGGCUGUAGAUCUCGCUUUGAGAGUGGCUGAUGAGAUGGAUGUCAAUAUUGGCCAUGAAGUUGGGUACAGCAUCCCUCUGGAAACGUGCUGCGCUCACGACACAGUCCUCAGGUAUUGUACAGAUGACAUGCUCCUGAGAGAGAUGAUGGCAGACCCUUUGCUCGAGCGCUACAGUGUGGUGGUGGUGGACCAGGCCCACCAGAGGACCGUGGCCACUGACGUACUCCAGGGUCUGCUGAAGGACAUCACCCUUCAGAGGCCAGAGCUUCGUGUGGUCCUCCUCACUGCAGUUGAUCCUAGCCCCAAACAGAUGGCCCACUUCACUGGGUCCACAGUGCCUCUCAUUCGCCUGGAGAGUUCGGGCGCAGGGGAGGUGGUAUACAGCAGCAGAGGUGACAGCUACUUCUGUGCCUCACUCCGUCUGGUGCUGGAGAUACACCGAUCUGAAGAGAGAGGGGAUGUGGUGGUGUUUCUAGUGACUACACAGGAGAUAGAUCUGGCCCUUGACAUUCUGUGUAAUGAGGGCCACAGCUUACCCCCUGAUCUGGGAGAGCUCCUGCCCAUCGCCGUACACCCCAGCCAGCCUGGGACUCUACCAGUCCUCGGGGAGAUGGAGACAUGCCGGACCCGGAGAGUAUUCCUCACAUCCAGCCCAAACGAAGACUUCUUCUGGGCCGUUAACUCAAUAAGCUUUGUCGUCGAUGCAGGGCUGGAGAAAAGAUAUGUUUACAACCCCAGGAUCAGGACAAAUUCAGUCACGAUUCAGCCAAUCAGCGCAGGUCAAGCCAAGAGUCGCAAACAGCUGGCAUGUCCAACAGGCAAGUGUUUUUGUCUGUACCCCGAGGACAGACAGCUUCCUGAGGAGAUAUGCCCGCACAUUGCAGAGUCUGACAUCACUUCCACUGUACUCUUUUUGAAGAGGAUGGAGAUUGCAGGACUGGGCCAUUGUGACUUCAUCGACAGACCAGAUCCUGAAGGCCUGAUGCAGGCUCUGGAGGAACUGGACUACCUGGCAGCUCUGGAUAAUGACGGCAACCUGUCUGAGAUGGGCAUCAUCAUGUCUGAAUUCCCCCUGGAGCCCCAAAUGGCCAAAACACUGCUGGCAUCGUGCGAGUUUGACUGUGUCAGCGAGGUGGUCAUCAUUGCUGCCAUGCUAACAGCUCGAACUUGCUUCAUGCUUCCCUCAGUGGACUUGAAGCCAGAGGCUGUCCCAUUCCAGAUGAAGUUCCAGCACCCAGAGGGAGACCACUUCACUCUUAUUAAUAUCUACAAGGCGUUUAAACAGUGCCAGCAGGAUCCAUACUGUGAUGUGGAGAAGUGGUGUCAGGACUUCUGUCUGAACCACACUGCUCUGCUGAUGGCCGACGCUCUUCAUACUGAAUUCAUCGACACUCUGAAGAGAAUCGAGCUGCCCGUGUCAGUGCCUGCCUUUGGUUCCCGAACCAACACCGUCAACAUUAAGAGAGCCCUGCUGGCAGGUUUCUUCAUGCAGGUGGCACGGGAUGUGGACGGAUCAGGGAACUACUUCAUUUUGACCCACAAGCAUGUGGCACAGAUCCAUCCUCUGUCUGGUUACGGCGCCAAGAGCCCCAAACUGCGACUGCCAGAGUGGGUGCUGUUCCAUGAGCACUCCUUCUCUGAGGAUAACUGCCUCCGCACUGUCACCCACAUAACACCAGAAGAGUUCAUUCAGAUGGCACCACAGUAUUUCUUCUACAAUCUACCAUCUAGUGAGAGCAAAGACAUCCUCCAGAACAUUUUGAACGGUGCAGCACAGCACUGUCAAGAGAAGAAACCUCCGACUUCCGGAGAGGAACCCCAAGAUCAGACUUAUGAUCGUUGUGUCAUACAGUGA